AUGUCUUCAGAUCAGGAGAAUCUCUUUAAGGAAUCAGUUGUUUUGGAUAAGAUCAUGCUGCAUCCUAGUGACAUGGUGAACUUCAAGCAUUCUAUAGUUAAGGAAUUGAAUAAGAAACUUAUCAAGUGGGAUGAUUAGCUUAAAGGCAUAUUAGUGUCAUAUUAAAAUGUGUGUAUUUUAAAUGGAGGAAAGGGUCGUAUUAUGGAUGAUUUUGCCUGGAUUCAGUAUGUUGUCAGAUAUAAGGUAACCUAUGCAUAGCCUAAAGUGGAUCAAAAACUAAGACAUAUGACUCUUUUAGUUUAUAACAUGCUGACUGUGAUAGUUUAAUUAGACAAUCUUGACAGUUCUAAAUACGAGAUUAAGAAUGCUACCUUAGACAUACUGAGUGAUGACCAAGAUGAGGAUUUCGAUAUUGAUAACAAAAAGAAUAAAAUCGAAAUUAUGGAUAAAUAAAAAGGAUAAUUAUUAAGCACCGAAUCGACUGUUGAAGUGAAAAUUACUAAGUUGUCAAUCAGUUCUGGAAAUGUGAUCCUCUUUGGAAGCUUAAUCUGA